GGCCGCGCCGGUGCCCCGCGGCCCCCGCCCCGACCUACAUAAAAACCUACAGGCCUAAGGGCCUAUCACCCUUACCGGUCGUAAAAGGACCCGCACGUGUAGAAUCCCCCAAUAAGAACCCCUCCUCCUUCCUUGCACUCAGCGAAAGGUGAACACUGAAAGAACUCGAUGAGAGGGGAGGUGAGAGCAAGGCGAUUACGCGAUACGCCGGCGCCGCCAUUGGAUCUCGUCGGCGUUCAAAUCCCAUACCAUUUCCGAUGCCCCAUCUCUCUUGAGCUGAUGCGGGAUCCGGUAACGGUAAGCACCGGCCAGACCUACGACCGCCCAAGCAUUGAGUCGUGGUUUGCGAUGGGGAACACCACAUGCCCCGUCACCCGCUGCCCUCUCCCCGACUUCACCGUCAUCCCUAACCACACCCUUCGCCGCCUAAUCCAAGAAUGGUGCGUCGCCCACCGCUCCGACGGGGUGGAACGAAUUCCCACCCCGAAACAACCUGCCGAUCCCACCCUCGUCCGCCUCCUCCUCGCCCAAGCUUCAGCUGGCGACGCCUCCCUCUCAUCCCGCAUCGCUGCCCUCCGAAGACUUCGUGCUCUCGCCUGCGAGUCGGAGAAGAAUCGCGCUGUGGUCUCCACUUACACGCGCUCUGCAAUUGCCGAGAUGGCGUUCGGCGCGGAUCUAGAUUUGGCGGUUGGAGCCAUGGAGGCGUUAGCUGCGGUGGGGGUUACGGAAAGGGAGAGCGCGAUGGUGGCGGCGAGGCCGGAGAGGGUGGCUAUGUUAGCAGGGAUGAUUAGAUUGGAGAGCUCUGCCGAAGCGCGAAUUGGCGCAGCGGCAUUGGUGGAAGGGAUGCGGACGGCGGAGGCGCGGGAGGCGGUUGGCGCGGCUGACGGGGUAAUUGAAGGGCUAGUUGCUCUGGUGGAGAAUGGGGAUUCGCGGGCGGUGAGAGCCGGAAUGCGGGGAUUGUUCUCUCUCUGCUUGGCGAAGGAGAACAGGGGAAGGGCGGUGAUGGCGGGGGCGGCGGAAGCGGUGGUUAGGAGGAUUGGGGAAAUGUACUGCGUAGAGAGAGGGGAUUUGGAGCGGGCGCUUGCGACGGUGGAGUUGUUGUGCAGAGUGGAAGGAGGGAGGGAAGCAGUGGUGGGAGUGGAGGGAGCGGUGGCGGAUUUGGUGAGGGCAAUGACGGGGAAGGCGACCGAGAGGGCAGCUGAACAUGCAGCGGGUGCGUUGGUGGCAGUUGUUGGAGGAUCGGAGGCGUUGCAGGAGGAGGCGGUGGCCGCCGGAGUUGUGACGCAGCUGCUGUUAAUGGUGCAGAGCGGGUGUUCCGAUAGGGCGAGGCGGAAGGCACAGAUGCUGCUUAAGAUACUCAGGCCGGCAUGGCCGAUGCAGGAUUUGUUUGCAAAUUCCGAUGAUUUUCUCCAUCCUUUCUGAUCAUCGGGUUGUAUCAUCUACAGUUCGGAUGAUAAUUUCAGCUUAACAAUUUCUUUUGAGCUGUUAAGAUUUAAUCCAACAAAUUCAAAACUGAUUUUGAAAAUGUUAGAUUGAAUUUCAGUAGUUCAAAAUAAAUUGCACAUUUUGGAUUGACUAAUUGCACAUUUGUAAUCUUAAUUAUAGAGGAUACAAAGUUGCAAACCCCUUUAAUUACGCACCAAGCAAAAGAGCUAAGCUAGCUGGACAUGAUUUUAUGUUCAUUAAGCGUUUUUCGAUCUAUGAUUAUUGUAUUGAAAGAGGAUUUCAAUUAAUUUUCUUCGUUUAUAUUGUU